AUGGCACGUAUUGCCGCACUUACUCCACAACCUCGAGAUGAGGUGUCAAAAGCGCAUUCCCCAGCUCUCGGUCAGCCCGUAUGCUCCAUCAUCGAGUGCAUUCUCUUACUCUCAGCGCACUCUCCAUCUCUUGGAGAUGAGAGAUACUGCGGGAGAGAGAACAAAAGAAUAUAUCGGAGUGUCGCUGAGAAAGCCAGACAGGCGAAAGACUCUACGGUCGAUACCGCCAGAGAAUACACCGGCAGUGCUGCUGAUAAGGCAAGGCAGACGAGAGAAGUUGCUGAAAGGAGGAGUAGGGAGUAUGCAGAUACCAUCAAGGAUUACGCUGGAAGUGCGGCUGAAAAGGCUAGGCAAGCAAAAGAUGCGACCGUCAACACAACCUAUGAUUAUGCUGGAAGAGAUGCUGGUACGACCAAAGAGUAUGUUGGGGCCGCAGCUGAUAAGGCAAGACAAGCAAAGGAUGCGACUGUAGACACUACCUAUGAUUAUGCUGGCAGAGCCGCAGAUGAGUCCAAGGAGUAUGCUGGAGCUGCAGCUGAGAAGGCAAGACAAGCCAAGGAUGCGACCGUGGAUACAACCAAAAAUUAUACUGGAAGUGGAACAGAUAAGACCAAAGAAUAUACUGGAUAUGCAGCUGAUAAAGCAAGGCAGGCAAAAGAUUCGACAUUGGACACCACAAAGGAGUAUGCGGGAUAUGCUGCUGAUAAAGGAAUAUGCAGGAAUGCGGCAGAAAAGGCUAGUCUAUCUAAGUAUGCUACAGUAGACACCGCGAUGGACUAUGCUGGGAGUGCAGCCGACAAGUCGAGAGAGGCAAAGGAUUAUACUGCUGAGAAGGCUGUCGAAGGCAAAGAUACUGCAGUUGGAAAGAUUGUUGAUUUGAAGGACUCUGCAGCUGCUGCCGUUAGUAGAGCUAUGAAUCUCCUUGACUGGUAA